GCAGUGACUUUGAGUUUCGUUUCAUAGAUGAAAUUGCUGCGGGUUUCAGGUGUAUCCUCCUCCAUAGGCCUGGACUACUGAGCACAGAGAUGGCUAAACGCAGCAUGUCUUUGCUCGGUCAGUGGUCGUCGCGUGUAUUCUCUAUUGACCUUGAUAAAAGAGGAGCUCUUCUGAACUUUGCUCUCACAGAAAAGCCGCAGCAGGCGCCGGAGAAGUUCAGGAACAUCCAAGAACGCUGCUACUCUGUGUUGGUGUGUGGAGACAACAGGAUCCAGAGCGCCAGGUUCUACUGGGGACUUGAAGACCUCCUGAGGAACGAGCUGCCAGCAGAGUGUGAGCUACUGCCGGUCAGCUCCUACCUGCCUCACGUCAAAGACUCUCUCAUCAGAGGUUAUUUCCUGAAGGACGCUUCAGAGUGCCCCUCGCUGACCAGGCGGGUGCUGGGGGCUCUGGGUCUGAGUGAGCAUGUCCAGGUGUGCUCGUACCUCAGGGGGCCGGAUGGGGGGCGGUGGUCGCAACAACUGUGGUCCGGCUCGGAGAACCAGAACAUGGACGUUUCAAAAACGUGUUAUGUUGUUCCCUCCGAGGAAGCGAACUACCACCCAUCGGUCUUAAACAUGGAGAACUCUGAUGUGUUCUAUUGUCGAGCGGAGGCCUGCAAGGUUUUGCAAGAGAGCUGUGACAUCAUCCCAGAGUCCAGGGCCGUGCUGGAGCUUGUGGGCAAGACAGACGCGUCCAGACACAGUCCAGACUCCCCCUUGGUUGUCAUAGAAGGACUGGACGCUACAGGGAAGACCACUCUGACUGAGUCUCUGAGGGAGGCUCUGGGGGCCAGGCUGCUGCGGUCCCCUCCCCAGUGCCUCUCCCCCUGGAGAGCCGUCUUUGAUCGGGAGCCCCCCCUCAUCCGCAGGGCCUUCUACGCCCUGGGGAACUACAUCACAGCGGAGCAAAUGGGCCAGGAGGCCUCUCAGGCUCCCGUCAUCGUCGACAGGUAUUGGCACAGCACCGCCUCCUAUGCCAUCGCCACGGCGGUGAGUGGUCCGGUCUCCAGCCUUCCCCCUGAGGGGUCUCCUCUGUACCGCUGGCCCCCUGACCUGCUGCAGCCCUCGCUGGUGGUCCUGCUAACCCUCGACCCCCAGGAGAGGAAGAGGAGGCUGGAGGCCAGAGGACAGGGACAGACAGACGAAGAGCAGGAGCUCGACCACAACCUCCUCUUCCGGCUCAGAGUGGAGGAGGCUUAUCGGAGGGUGAGAGGCCCUGCUUGUGUCGUUGUGGAUGCCGGCCCUUCGGCGGACAAAGUGCUCCAACAAGUGCUGCUUUUAAUUAAGGAACACUGUCGCUUGUAAACACUGAACCCCCUUACCUCACGGACAGCCCUUGCAGUUCUUGGGUUGCAGUACUGCCCGUCGCCACUAGAUGCCAGUAAGGUGUUACGCAGCAGUAGAUGAAAUGGAGGGGCGAGAUGUGAAUGGGCUAAAGAGAUUGUUUUUAUAAUAAGCAAGUGUUGCAUCGCUAGAGGCCCGCGUUUCCCUGUAAAAUCACAACUUAGCUUUAGCCUCCCUACCCCCUUAUUCCUUCCCUCCCUCUCUCUCUCUCUAUCUCUUGCACACACACAUGCGUCCUUGAUUGGAGAUACAGGAAUAUGCAUUGCAUAUCGCU